AUGACGAGAGUUAGAUCAAAAAAAGAGAAGUUAGGUGAUAGUCCGCCAGACGUGUACAAGUACAUCAAGAAGGAGGAUUGGGUCAUUUUCAAAGAAAGGAUGAUGUCAGAUUAUGCUAUAAAAAAGCGAGAAAAGGCGCUUGAGAGCGCAAAGAAGAACACACAUCAUCACCACUUAGGUCAGAGGAGCUAUGGAGAUGCUAGAGAGUUGUGGAGGGAGGAGAAAUUCGGUCCACCUAGUUUUGAUUCUGGAUCGUCAUCUGGUACAUCAUCCUCCUCGGUGCCCUCCAGUUUUAACCGGGGUGAUGAUUGGUGGUGGGCGAUGCAUAAGAAAGAUCCUGUUACUAAACAGAGAUUUAUUCCAGCUGAGGAAACAAAGAAAGCAGCUGACAAAUACUUGGAGUACAAGGAGAAGCAAGCCAAGGGUGAGUUCGUUCCGGUUCGUAACAGAGACGCCCUGUUUAUAGCUCUUGGAGAGAAGCUAGAUCAUUCGGGUCGCUGUUAUGGUUUUGGGGGCGUGAAUGUUGGCUACACCAAGGCUUUUGGGCACGUACCUAGGCAGUAUUAG